UGUAAUCAAUGAAGGUGUGUGAAGUUUACAAAAUGAAUGUGUGAAAAAAACAUUGAAGUUGGUGAUUAGAUUAGGCGAUAUUAUAGAGUAUUUAAACGUUAUCAACUUGCCAAGAGAACAGACAGACAAUUACUGUUCAAGAGAAUGAUUGCUGUCUCCAAACUAUAAAAUAAAUCUCGACAGUAAAAACGGAAUUGUCAAAAUGAGCAGUUCUCACGGCCUUUCCAAAUUGAAAAAGAAACAUUUCAGGGUGAAACAUCAAAAAGUGAAGCUCUUCAGGGCUAAUGAACCAUUCAUGUCUGUAUUUAUGUGGGGAAUAAACCACACAAUUAAUGAGCUUAUGCACGUUACCAUUCCGGUCAUGCUACUACCAGACGAUUUUAGAGCCUAUUCAAAAAUUAAAAUUGAUAACCAUCUCUUCAAUAAAGAAAAUAUGCCAUCACAUUUCAAAGUUAAAGAGUACUGCCCUAUGGUAUUCAGAAAUAUAAGGGAAAGAUUUGGAAUAGAUGAUCUGGAUUAUAAAGAGUCACUGACAAGGUCACAACCUUUGCCAGAUGAUACUUCAGGUAAAAGUGGUGCUAAAUUCUACCUGAGCUAUGACAAAAUUUUCAUCAUCAAAACAUUAACCUCAGAAGAAGUGGAGAGGAUGCAUUCCUUUUUGAAGCAUUACCAUCCUUAUAUUGUAGAAAGGCAUGGCAAAACGCUUCUCCCUCAAUAUCUGGGCAUGUAUCGAUUGACGGUCGAUAACGCAGAACACUAUAUCGUCGUAAGCAGAAACGUGUUCUCCAAUCAUUUGAACACCCAUCGGAAAUUCGAUCUGAAAGGAUCUACCGUGGACAGGGAGGCCUCCGAAAAGGAGAGAGAGAAAGAUCUACCCACCUUCAAGGACAAUGAUUUUGUUAACGAACAGAUGAAGGUUAGCAUCGGGGAUGAAGCCAAAUCAAAAUUAAUGGAAACAUUGAAUGCAGAUGUCGUAUUUUUGACGAAACUGCAUUUAAUGGACUAUAGCCUCUUGUUAGGCAUCCACGAAGUGGAGAGGGGCGAGCAGGAGCUCGAGCGCCAGCGCGAAAUGGAGGCCGAGAAUCCGCCCGAUUCGGACGAGAGCGAAUCCGGCUCUGGGCUGGAGGGCAGGCAGUGUGCGGGCAUGACGACGCCGCCCGAUUCGCCGAACGCGGUCGGGCGGCUGCUCAGGGAGCACAGCCUGCAGUACGAAGGUAAAUUCCACAAAAUCUACCGGUAUUUAGAGGUCGUCACAGGUGGGAUAAUACCCGAGCUCGACAUUUACGCGAUACCGAGCUGUGAAUCGGCGCCAGUCAAAGAGAUCUAUUUCAUAGCCAUCAUCGAUGUGUUGACCCACUACGGAGUCAGGAAACAGGCCGCCAAGGCAGCCAAAACCGUCAAAUACGGUUCCAAUGUGGACGGUAUCAGCACUUGCGACCCGGAACAGUACGCCAGAAGGUUCAUCGACUUCAUGUCGAAAGCCAUUGAGUAAUGGAAGAGUAAUAACCCAGGCGAACGGUAUCAGAAUACCCCCCUUUCUUUGCGAAAAAUCCAGUAGUCGGUUUUAUUAUCGUACCCUAUGUUUUUUGGGGGGCUGAAUUCGAAUCCGGAGUUAUCCAACCAAAUUUCCUGGUGGGUUUUUAGAUAUUCGGAAAAAACAGCGGAAUAUCAGCACUUUUCUUGGUUGUUUGCUUAUACUUCAGUCCGCAGACAUAUAAAAAAGGGAGAAACAUAACAUUUUAUCCAUAGAACACUACUUGUUUACAAUCAUACAUACAAGUUUCAAAUACGUUAGGAAGAGAUGACUUCAAAAAUGGCAACGCUGUAAUCUGUGCGUCUAUAUUCAUACUUUUCUCCACCAGGUAGAGGUAACGAUAGUGGCCAAAAAUUGACUAUCGAGACUAUCGAUAGCAGACAUGUCGACUAUCGAAACUAUCGAUAGUUUAGAGUUAGUAUUGUCACAAAUGAGGAGCUAUUUGAAGUUAAAUUCCAAAAUUCUUAUAGAAUCAUAUUGGUUCGAAGUCAUUGAACGUUCAUGUAUCUGUUUAUUAUUUCCAAAAUUAUUGAACCACGAACUUUCGAUUAAUAGUUGAACCUAAACACAGGCGUGACAUUGACUUCAAACCAUCCACCUGACUUCCUCACUGUCACGUUUCCAAAAUAUAGAUUAAAUAUAUAAAAGGCGCGAGGAAGUCAGCACAGGUAUCAGUUGGAUCAUUCCGAUCACUUUCGAUCAUUUCGAUCUUUUCGAUCAUUCAAUCAUUUGACUCGAUCGAUCAUUCGACACUGUGCCCGAACCGUCGGAGUUCGGGCAGAACAGAAGAUGCCCUUCCUCUAAGGUCCCAGCAAUAUUAGCUUGUAAUGUACAUAUAGGGUAAGUUAAGUUUUUAUUUAUUGUUAAUCAGAAACCAAAGAAUAAAUGUGUGUAUAUGCUUUGUUGAAAACCUUU